CGUAUCGUCAUGACAUCACAGCAAGUCGGACAUAUUUUACCGGACUUGUUGGUGAUCAGUUCUGCGCUGAACCUGCAAUCUCAAACGAGCCUAAUUAUAAACUAAGAAUCAAACUGAGUACCAGCGUCUUGAUACCACUUAAGCAUAUGGAUUUGGUGGCUUUUGUCAAACCAAAACAGGACUGGAAUGCUGAGUGCAUCGGUAAAACAGAAAGUAAAAACACUCACGGCAGUUUUUCAUCAGGAAGGAAGGAGGGAAGCAGCUUUGACAAACUCUAAAUAUUAAACAUAUAUUUUAGGUUUCCUACGGGGGGGAAAGAAGAGCAGCAUUGCAUCUAAAAUGAGUCAUUAUGAAGAGAAAGAAGAGGAGAACACUGCAGCAUCUCCAGAACCCAACUGUGUGUCUAUGAAGAGUGAUCAAUCCAUGAGUCCUUCAGAUCAAUUCAGUGAUGUAGUGGUUAUCUUUGACCCCAGUGAGAAGAGGGGUGAUCUGAUCCAAGUUCAGUCCAGAUGUGGAGUUUGCGAGAAGGUUUUGAAAGAUCCGGUCUCUAUCACCUGUAGACACAGUUUCUGCAGGCAGUGUAUCAGCUGCUACUGGGACAAGACCAGUCCAUCAGAAUACUUUCACUGUCCUCUAUGCAGAAAGAGAUCUAGAACACGUCCUGCUCUACACACAAAUAGAGGAUCCAGUUCUGUUGGUUCUGCUAAUUUCUACUCCAAAUCAGACCUGCUGGAGGAGACUGGAGACCUGCAGCAGGAUUCUCACCAGCCAGUAGUUGAUGUUCUUCAGAGAGUCAAAGACCAACACAAAACCAGCAUGAAGAACAAUUAUGAGAGCUUAUUUGUGGGAUUCAAACUACAAGAGAAUCAAACGCUCCUGAACAGGAUUUACACACAGCUCUACAUCAUAGAGGGAGAGAGUGAAGGGGUGAAUGAAGAACAUGAGGUUUUACACAUGGAGAAAACAGACAGAACUCAACACUUACAAGACACUCCAAUCUACUGCAAUGACAUCUUUAAACCCUUACCUGAACCAGGAUGUGAGGAGAAGAGAAAAGACCAAAUAAAGACUGUUCUUACUAAAGGCAUCGCUGGAAUUGGAAAAACUGUCUCUGUGCAGAAGUUCAUUCUGGACUGGGCCGAGGGAAAAGCAAAUCAGGAUGUAGAUUUCAUGUUUGUGCUUCCAUUUCGAGAGCUGAACUUGAUUAAAGAUGAGCAGUACAGUCUUCACAAACUUCUGCUGGACUUUCAUCCUGAACUUCAUGAUCUGGACUCAAAGAUUUAUGAUGAGUGUAAACUUGUGUUCAUCUUUGACGGUCUGGAUGAAAGCAGAAUUCCACUGAUGUUUUCAGACAGUGAGAAAGUUUCUGAUGUGACUGAGACUUCAUCAGUGGGAGUGUUGAUGUCAAACCUCAUCAAAGGAGAUCUGCUCCCCUCUGCUCUCAUCUGGAUCACCUCCAGACCAGCAGCAGCCAAUCAGAUCCCCUCCAAAUACAUAAAGCGUGUGACAGAAGUUCAGGGAUUCAGUGACCCUCAGAAGGAGGAAUAUUUCAGGAAGAGAAUCAGUGAUGAGCAUCAAGCCAGCAGAAUCAUCUCACACAUUAGAAGAGCAAGAAGCCUCCACAUUAUGUGCCACAUACCAGUCUUCUGUUGGAUCUCAUCCACUGUGCUUCAAAACAUCCUGAAACAAGAUGACAGUGCAGAAAUCCCUCAAACUCUGACUGAAAUGUACAUCCACUUUCUGCUCAUACAGAUCAAUAUGAGGAAUCAGAAGUAUAAAGAGAGAGAUCCAGAGAAACUCCUGCAGUCCAACAGAGAAGUGAUCAUGAAACUUUCUGAACUGGCGUACAAACAACUGAUGAAGGGCAAUGUCAUGUUCUAUGAGGAGGACCUGAGAGAGAGCGGCAUAGAUGUCACUGAUGCCUCAGUGUAUUCUGGGAUCUGCACUGAGAUCUUUAAGGAGGAAUCUGUGAUUCUUCAGAGGAAAGUCUACUGCUUCAUACAUCUCAGCUUUCAGGAGUUUCUGGCUGCUUUCCAUGUGUUUCAUUAUUACUCUAACAAAAAUUCUGACACUCCAUGGUUUUUUGAUUUAAUUUAUAAUUUACUGACAGGAGUAGUCAAAAAAGCCCUUAAGAGUGAAAACGGACACUUGGAUCUUUUCCUGCGAUUCCUGCUGGGCAUCUCACUGGAGUCCAAUCAGAGACUCUUACAGGAUCUUCUGACACGCACAGAAAACAGCUCAGAGAGCAUCAAGAAAACUAUUACUUAUAUCAAAAACAAAAUCAGAAAUGGACAUGGACUCUCCUCUGAAAGAUCCAUCAGUCUCUUCCUCUGUCUGCUGGAGAUGAAAGAUCAGACUCUGUACAGAGAGAUUCAGGAGUUUCUGAAAUCAGACAAACACUCAGAGAAUAAACUGUCUCUUGCACACUGUUCAGCAAUCGCCUACAUGCUUCAGAUGUCAGAGGAGGUGCUAGAUGAGCUGGACCUGAAGAAAUACAACACAUCAGAGGAGGGUAGAAGAAGACUAGUACCAGCUGUGAGCAACUGUAGAAAAGCUCUUCUUGCUGACUGUAAUCUCACUAGUCAGCACUGUGAAAUUGUGGCUUCAGCUCUACAAUUGUCAAAAUCCCUACUGAGAGAGCUGGAUCUGAGUAACAAUGACCUGCAGGAUUCAGGAGUGAAGCUGCUCUCUGAUGCACUGAAGAGUCCAAACUGUAAACUAGAUAUACUGAGAUUAUCUGGCUGUAUGGUGACAGAGGUCGGCUGUUGUUUUUUGGCUUCAGCUCUGAGUUCAAACCCUUCACACCCGAUUGAGCUGGAUCUGAGCUACAAUCACCCAGGGGAAUCAGGAGACAAACUGCUCUCUGAGAGACUCAACGAUCCAAACUGCAAACUGACGAUACUCAAACGAACACUCGACCACGCCCUCACCUCCACAUACACCCACCACCCGACUUAGGCCGGAGGAACUGUCUGUGGCCUGUGAACCACCUCGAACUUAAAUGGCUGGAGUGCCAGAUACCAACGGGUGAUCCAGGCGUUGGCAUCCUUCAUGUGGUGGAGACAUUAGAGAGGGGCAUGGUCCGAACAGAGGGUGAAUGCUCUUCCCAACAAAUAGUAGCAGAGAGUGAGGACUGCCCAAUUGAUGGCCAAGCACUCCUCCUCUAUGGUGCUGUACUUCGUCUCUCUCAUAGAGAGCUUCUGACUAAUGUACAGCACCGGGCAGUCCUCCUCCUCAACCACUUGGGACAGUACCGCACCCAGACCCCUGUCCGAUGCAUCCGUCUGCAAAACAAAAGUGAGAGAGAGAAGUCAGGGGAAUGCAGAAGUGGCCUGCCACAAAGUGCAGCUUUUACCUGUGUGCUUGGCAUAACUCCAUCCACUAGACUGGGUCUGGAGCUCCCUUUUUAGUGAGAUCAGUCAGUGGGCUGGUGAUGUCCACAUAAUUAGGCACAAACCUUUGAUAAUAGCCUGCCAGCCCCAGGAACUGUCUCACCUCCUUUUUGGUCUUGGGUCUCGGGCAGGUCACAAUUGCUGCGGUUUUAUAAAUUUGGGGCCACACCUGACCAUGACCCAAGUGGAACACCAGAUACCGUACCUCCACCAGCCCAAUUGUGUACGACUUUGGGUUUGCUGUGAGCCCCGGUCGUCGCUGCGAUCUCAGAAUGGCCCCCAGAUGCUGCAGCGGUAUACGUAGCGUGUGGUCUGAGGACCCGGUCUAUAACAUGCUGAAACGUAGCUGGGGCUCCAAACAAACCGAACGGAAGGGUCACAAAUUGGUGUAAACCAAAUGGUGUGGCGAAGGCUGUUUUUUCACGGGACGUCGGCGUUAAGGCAGUCUGCUAAUAGCCUUUUUUUUUUUAAAUCCAAUGUCGAAUAAAAGCGAGCCGUGCCCAACCGAUCGAGCAAUUCGUCAACCCCGAGGCAAUGGAUAAGCAUCAAAUUUCGACACCACAUUAACUUUUCUAUAAUCAACACAGAACCGAACCAUCGCUCUUAGGUAACAGAACCACCGGGUUGGCCCAAUCACUGUGGGUUUCUUCUAUUACCCCCAUAUUGAACGUGGCCUUUAAUUCUUUCCGUACAACCUGUUUCUUGUGUUCGGGUAAGCGGUAGGGGCGACUGCGUACCACUACCCCUGGGGUUGUCUUGAUGUGGUGCUUUCAUGAGAGAGUGCGGCCAGGGAGAGGCGAGAACAUGUCAGAGAAAUUAUUUUGCAACCUGCUAACCUCUUUACGUUGUGAUGGCGAGAGGUGGUCUCCACAAGGGACAGGGGUGAACUGAUUGGCUUUUACAUUCACCUCUGGUCUGAGCUCCUCCCUCUCCGGAACUACCAUAGCCAAGGAUAUGGAGACCGCCUCUCUCCAUGGUUUUAGUAGGUUGAGGUGGUAAAUCCGACGUGCCCUGCCCCUAUCCGUACGCACUACCUCAUAGUGACUUCCCCAACCCACCGUGUGACCUCAAAGGACCCAUGCCACUUCGUGAGUAAUUUCAAGCUCAAUGUGGGUAGCAAUACAAGUAAUUUAUCUCCCUGUGCAAACUCCCGUAGCCGAGCUACCCUGUUAUACAGCCGGGACUGACGUUCUUGCGCCUGUAGCAAAUUCUCCUGUGAUAGUUGCCCCAGUGUGUGGCGUUUUACUCAGGUCAAGAAUGUAUUGAAUUUCAUUUUUGCACUGUGAAGGUCCCUCCUCCCAAUUUUCCUUCAUGACAUCCAACAUGACACGGGGCUUACACCAUAUAACAGUUCAAACAGUGGAGGCUUGCGGGACCUCUCAAAUUGCAAAUAACAGGGGUUCGAACCACUUAUCCCAGUUCUAAGCAUCUUUGUGCAUGAACUUAUGAAUCAUAUUCUUUAAGGUCUUAUUAAAUCGUUUGACCAAGCCGUCCGUUUGUUGAUGGUACACGCUUAUCCGAAUUUAUUUAAUACCCAAUAAUUCAUACAAUUUGUGUAGUGUACAUGACAUAAAAGCUGUGCCCUGAUCAGUGAGGAUGUUUUUUUGGAAUCCCCUCUUGGGAGAUAAUUUUGAAGAGUGCCACUGCAACAGUACGUGCUGAGAUGUUGCACAGCGGCACUGCUUCCGGAUAUCACGUCGCAUAAUCCACCAGGACUAAUGCAAAAUGAUAUGUGAGUGCUAUGCCCAGCUGGAGACAUUGACAAUCAAUCGUUUGGUCAAACGCGUGCUUCAGGGUUUCGUCUCACAACUGCUCUAGCAGGAAAUCCCCUACCGGGAAUUCCCUAUGGGCGGGGGAGGAUGACACCUCCCCUUCCCCAGUGUCAGCCUGAUGCAGAGCAGCUGCAGAUGGCCCAGGCCACGCCUCCCCAGCCAGCGCUUCACACAUCCCACCAAGAUUUACUUUCUCAAAGGACCCAUUCACACACAACCCCUUCAAUAAUGAUCAAAAAGCCGGCCAAUUAGUUUCCAAAAUUAGCAUAUUGGUGAGGCGAGGACUAACAAAAAUAUUAUGCUUUUGUCCCUGGAACAUUGCCGUGACGGUCACUAUAGGAUAAUCAUGAAUAUCCCCAUGCAUGCACCUCACUUUCACUUGAUAAUUUGCAUCCAGUGCCCUGUUUUGAACCAAGCAUUAAUGAAUAAAGGUUGGAUUACAACCUGAAUCAACCAAGGCGCUUGUUUUGUAACCCCCUCAAUACUCACGGGUAUUUGGUAUGUCCCUGCCUGAUCGGGGGCAGUCUUUGGAGUGUCAGGGAACCGGAUCAAGGCCCCCACCUCCAUUACAGGCACUGCUCUCGAACAUGACCCGGCUCCCCGCAGCGCCAGCAGACCAGCCCAAGCCUUCCACCCACACUCGUGGCAGCAGACUCCUUCACCUGGUACCAAGAAAGGGGAAAGACAGGGUUUUUGGGAGCAGAGAACCCUAUGAUCAGGGAGCCGGUCUUGGGGAAUGCUCCCCCAUUUCCGGAGAAACGGAACAGGACGGAAGGAGGGGGGGAACAAGGGUGGAGACUCUAGUGGCAGAAAGGGCGUGGGGUGCGCCAGCCCCUGGAUAAGCUGCCAGAUGGUCUUCCGCCAGCUGGAUCGUUUGUCCAGCGAUGCCAGUCAGUGGCACUGGACCCACUUGGCUGUCCCCUUCGGCAACCUGGAGAUGAACUGCUCCAGCAUCACCAGGUUGAUGACAUCUUCAGCAUCACUAUCCUCCUUGGCCAGCACCCACCGCCGGCAGGUGUCACGGAACUGCUGGGCAAAGGCAAAUGGGCGGCCGAUCUUGCUCAACAUCAUGGAUCGGAAACUCUGGUGGUGUUGUUCUUGGCUGCGGCUGACCCAUUGCAAGAUGGACUUCAGUACCGAGUAGUUCAGGAAGUUGGCGACCAGAAGCUGUUGCGCCAUGAUCAAGGCUUCCCUGGUCAGCAGCGGCAGAAGGUGCACCGCCCACUGUUCCGGCGGCCACUUCAGAGCUUCGGCGACAUGGCGGUUAGCAGUUACAGAAAUACUCAAUACCCGUCUGGCACCAACAAUUAUCCAUGCGAUUAUCUAAUCAGCUAAUCGUGUGGCAGCAGUGCAUAAAAUCAUGCAGAUAUGGCUCAGGAGCUUCAGUUAAUAUUCACAUCAACCAUCAGAAUGGGGAAAAUGUAAUCUCACUGAUUUGGAGCAUGGCAUGAUUGUUGGUGCCAGAUGGGCUGGUUUGAGUAUUUCUAUAACUGCUGAUCUCCUGGGAUUUUCACGCACAACAGUAUCUAGAAUUUAAUCCGAAUGGUGCCAAAAACAAAAAAACUUCCAGUGAGCGGCAGUUCUGUGGAUAGAAAUGCCUUGUUGAUGAGAGAGUUCAACAGAGAAUGACUAGGCUGGUUC